CUCAAAUGUUUAGAUGUUACAUAUAAAUUCUUUUAUUAGAAGUAUCGAAAUAAAAUAUUAUUUCGAAAGCAUUACAAGCAAUUAUAGCUACAACAAUUUUAUACUUUGUAAAUAAUAAUGAUUUCAUUCUAUGAUUUAUUUUUUAUAUCGCAUAACCUAAGUGUAUUUGAUUUCCAAUAAUAUUUUAAUUAUAUUUUUAACAAUAAAAAAAGAAACAAUGACAACCUAUAUGUUGAACAGAUUAACAUCUGUUUUUUUUCAAACUAUAAGAAGUCAAAAUAGGUCUUUUUUUUAUUGGGUUACUGUUAUAUUCAAUAGAGUUGAUGCUGAUCGUAUAAAAGAAAUUGGUCCAGACCGUGCUUGUGCAGAAUGGCUUUUAAGAAAUGGAGCAUUUGUUAGAUGGAAAAAUUUUUCUGAACAAUUAACCGAUUAUAAUGCAUUACCAUCACAUGGAAAUUAUUACAUUGAAGCUAUUGAAGCAAAUAAUGCUGGCAUAUGUGAUGUUGGAUUUCCACAUUUUGAGGGGUGCAAAUAUAUAAAAGAUUUAAAAUUUAAAGAAUGCAGAUAUAUUAAUAAUGAUGCUUUACCACAUUUAUCACUUCUUCAAGAUUCAUUAACUAAUUUGGAAAUUAUAAGAUGUAAAAGUAUUGAUGAUAAUGGUCUACGUGAAUUGAAAAUACUUAAAAAUUUGAAACAGUUAAAAAUUAAAGGAUUACCAGCUGUCACAAAUGAUAUUAUUUAUAAAGAACUCACUGAAGCUUUACCCAAUUGUAAAAUCGACAUUGAAUAGAGAUUUAUAUUUUAAUAUUAA